AUGUCUAAUUAUGAUCAAUUAAUACAAAAAUUAGAUUAAGACCCUUCUUUAUAAAUUUUGAAACAUGACUAUGCAACAAUUAUUGAUAGCAUGAAAGACACUGAUUUAUCAGUUAGGCAAAUGAUUGCAAUAUUAUGGGCUGCUGAAAAUGAUGUAUAAAUUCUUUUAUAUUCUAGUGUUUGAAAUUCACUUCUGAGAUUGAUCGAUUGAAUACUUAAAUCUAAUAAUUAUAAUAAUAAUAACUCAUAUAAGAAGAAGUGGUAUAAGAAUCUAUUUUAUAACCUGAAGAUGAACACUAAGAAAUUUUAUAUGAAAUUGAAUAAUAAUUGAUUUUCAAUGUUUAAAAGUUAAGUGAAAAUUAACUGAUAAAUUUUUCAAUCUAAAAAUAUGAUAAACUAGAUUAUUAGACAGCUAUGGAUAUUAUUACUAAAUUUAUUGAAUCUAAAUGUCUUAAUAAGGAAGUUGAAGGUAUUCUUAAUUAAUAACUCUAAAAUUAAAUGAUCAAAUAUCAAAAAAAAAACUUCAUCUUACAAAUUGAAAAUAUGAAAAUUCUAUCUAAUACGAAUUCAAAAAACUUCUAUCAAUAAAAAAAACAACUUUAAUCUUUUAAUUUUGAUAGAGUAAAACUUAAAUUUCAAGCUAUUCUUAAAGAACUCAAAAAUUUAAAGAAAGAAACAUAAUAAAUAAAAGAAAUAAAUAAAAUGUAAUUUAAAAUGUUAUUCCAUCAAGAUAAUAUUAUAGAUAAAUUAUUAACACAUUAACAAUUCAAUAUUAUUUAUAACAAAAUACUCAAUUAAUUAAAUAAUUAAAAGAAAUACUUUAAUAUUAGUGGUUAAGUUCAAUAAAGUCUAUUAGCUUCAUAAUAAAUUGAUAAUAAUGAAAUUUCAAUUGUUUUUGAUAAAUUACAAUAAAAACUAAUAAGUUAGAUUGCUAAAACUGCUUGUUAAGUGACUGCAAAUUUUGAAGAAAUUGUUACAUCUCGUUCAAUAAAUAAUAAUUAUUUAGAAUUAAUAUUGAAUUAGACCAAAAUCAACUUUAACAAAAUCUUGAAAUACAAUAAAAUGAUUUCAACCAUGUAAUAAGAAAAGGAAUCAUUAUAAAUACAAAUUAGAUAUUCAAUGGAAUGUUUAAUUUAAAAAGUAACAAUUACAUUCAAUAUCUAUAUAGUUGAAUGAUGAGAACAUGAAACUAAAAUUAAUUCAUCUAACAAAUGUUGUAGAAAAAUCAUUCAAAAAAUAAAGUUAAUCUAGUUUAGAAAGUUUAAAAAGUAUUCAAUAUAAAUGA